UGUAAGUAUUAACCUCUACGAAAAACAGUGCAUGGCGCAAUGCAAUAUAAACAAAUAUAUCAAAGAGUGUCAGCGACUUUUGUUCUAUAAAAGCCCGUCAGCAAAGUUUAUUUAAAGAUAGCAAGACGGAAAUUUACGAAUAUCUUAUCUGACUUAAAUCGAUAAGGAAACUUGCACUAAUCAAAUCAUUUCACACUUAACACAUUCAUCAAAACGCUGGAUAUAGAAUAAACAAAGUACAUAUUCCGAAUCAACGAUAAAUGCCGACGUCGAAACUAUUGCGCUUAUAAAAGUCUCAGUCCAGUGCGGUGUACGUGGCAAUCUUCAAUUUGUUUAUUCAACGAAUUGGAUUCAGUAAAUACACACCUAAUUCGCAUAAGAACUUUUACGAAAUGUGUGGUAUAUUCGCUUAUCUUAAUUACCUAACGCCUCGCUCAAGGCAGGAAGUACUCGAAUUGCUAUUAAACGGUCUAAAAAGAUUGGAAUAUCGCGGUUAUGACUCAACCGGAUUAGCAAUUGACGAUCCGGAAGCGGGCGACCAAAGUAGUAACAUUAUAAUUAUUCGUCGUACAGGAAAAGUUAAGGUCUUAGAAGAUGCAGUCGCUGAAAUAUGCAACACUGAUGCUUACAAGGAACCUAUUACCACUCACAUCGGUAUAUCACACACUCGUUGGGCAACCCACGGCCCACCUUCUGAGACUAACUCUCAUCCACAACGUUCAGAUAUUGAUAACAGUUUUGUGGUGGUGCAUAAUGGUAUUAUUACGAACUACAAAGACGUAAAAACACUACUUGAGAAACGUGGCUAUGUAUUCGAAUCGGAAACCGAUACUGAAGUAAUAGCGAAAUUAAUACACCAUUUGUGGCGACAGCAUCAGACUUAUUCAUUCCGUGAGCUUGUCGAGCAAGCUAUUCUGCAAUUAGAAGGCGCAUUUGCUAUUGCUUGUAAGUCAAAACAUUUUCCUGGUGAAUGUGUAGCCUCACGACGUGGUACACCGUUAUUAGUUGGCAUUAAGUCAAAAACACGUCUGUCCAUUGACCAAAUUCCUAUAUUUUACGCCAAGAAACAGCGCGCACAUGGAAAAACACUGCCAGCAGAAGUGUCAUUGCCACCGCGUUACGAUGACACACCAGCCGAAUAUCAACCGUUAGAGGGUAAAGAGGUGGAAUACUUUUUUGCUUCGGAUGCUAGUGCAAUUAUUGAACACACCGAUCGUGUCAUAUACCUUGAAGAUGACGAUGUUGCAGCAGUCAAGGAUGGUGCAUUGAGUAUUCAUCGCCUAAAGAAAUGCCUGGAUGAUCCGCAUGCGCGUGAAAUUACUACAUUAAAAAUGGAAAUUCAGCAAAUUAUGAAAGGCAACUACGAUUCGUUCAUGUUGAAAGAAAUAUUCGAACAACCCGAAUCAGUAGUAAAUACAAUGCGUGGUCGCAUGUUCUUCGAAACACGUACUGCCGUGUUGGGUGGAAUUAAGGAGUUCAUACCAGAGAUUAAGCGUUGCCGACGCUUAAUACUUAUAGCUUGUGGCACAUCAUAUCACAGCGCUGUUGCUACACGUCAGCUACUAGAGGAGCUUACUGAAUUGCCAGUUGUAGUGGAGCUUGCUUCAGAUUUCAUGGAUCGUCACACUCCAAUUUUCCGCGAUGAUGUGUGCUUCUUCAUAUCGCAGUCUGGCGAGACAGCAGAUACGCUGAUUGCUUUACGUUAUUGCAAACAACGCGGUGCGCUUAUUGUGGGUAUUACUAACACUGUGGGCAGCAGUAUUUGUCGCGAGUCACACUGUGGUGUGCACAUAAAUGCCGGUCCUGAAAUUGGUGUUGCCUCAACCAAAGCAUACACAUCGCAAUUCAUAUCUCUUGUUAUGUUUGCACUAGUCAUGUCGGAAGAUAGACUAUCACUACAACCGCGUCGUCUUGAGAUCAUACACGGUCUAGAGACGCUUGCCGAUCAGAUCCGUAAGGUGCUACAACUCAAUUCUAAAGUUCAAGAGCUUGCUAAAGACUUGUAUCUGCACAAAUCACUUUUAAUAAUGGGACGCGGUUAUAAUUUUGCCACCUGCCUAGAAGGCGCCCUAAAAGUAAAGGAAUUGACGUACAUGCACAGCGAAGGUAUAUUGGCGGGCGAGUUAAAACAUGGACCUAUUGCAUUGGUGGAUGAUGAGAUGCCAGUAUUGAUGGUUGUCAUGCGGGAUCCAGUAUACAUGAAGUGUAUGAAUGCCUUGCAACAGGUAACUGCGCGCAAUGGUCGCCCAAUAAUAUUGUGCGAAGAGGGUGAUGAGGAUACAAAAUCAUUCUCAUCGCGUUCCCUGGAAAUUCCACGUACGGUGGACUGCCUGCAGGGUAUACUCACGGUCAUUCCGUUGCAACUACUGUCGUAUCACAUUGCGGUAUUGCGAGGUUGUGAUGUGGACUGCCCGCGUAACUUAGCCAAAUCAGUAACUGUGGAGUAGUGAUGCAAUGAAGUCACGAAAAAAGCGUUUACCAAAUUCAAUAUAUGUGUACAUACGAGUAUGUAUUUCAGUAUAUUUUAAAUUCUUAUUCCUAUAUUCUAUAAAGCAUUUUAAAAUAUAUACUUCAGAAAUUUGUUUUUAUGAUAAAUGCUUAAUAUACGUAUUGAGUCAGAGGUAUUAUGUAUUUUAUUUAAACUAAAUUAUCCUAAUAAAAUUUACUACCUAUAUAUACACA